AGUUUCAUUAAUUUUAUUGCCUCUCGCUCUCAAGUCUCAACCCCAGCCACAUGUACACAAUGGCAGGUUUCUCCCAUGCAAAGCCAAAGCCUAGGAGCCAAAAAUGCUCAAUUCCCCUAACUAUAGUCUUUAUCAUCAAAAUCUUCUCCUUAGCUGCUCUAGCAGAAGCUUACAAUAAUGAUCAAAAGUCCUCUUCAUCAGCUACUGAACCCUCCAUUUCCUCUGCCUGUAAAGCCACCCUUUACAAAACUGCCUGUGAAUCUUUCCUUGUGUCACUGGAAACCAGUACUCUACCAGCAACUCCAGAAGAGCUCUUUUAUCUCUCUGUUCAGUACACCUUGAAACAAGCUCAUUCAGCUCUAAACCUCGCUUCUUUUCUUAGUCUCUCCGCUCAUAAUAAUAAUAAUAAUUCCCAGGCACAUCUGGCUCCUCCUGGUGCCAUGAAAGAUUGUAUUGAGCUUCUUGAUGAUAGCUUAGACCAACUAUCUAAUGUCAUCAACCGCAAGAAUAACCUUAUCCAAAGACACAGUGAUGUCCAAACAUGGCUUAGUGCUGCACUUACCAAUCAAGACACAUGCAUUGAAAGCCUUCAGAAUAGUAAGUUCAAAGAAGAAAAAGGGGUAAUGAUUUCCACGGCGAGAAAUUUAAGUCACCAUAUAAGCAAUUCCUUGGCUUUUUAUGUGUCUCAUUAUGGGACAGAAGAGGCUAAUAAAAAGUCGAACCCUAGUGGUCGGAAACUUUUUGCCGGUAAUGGGUUUCCGAGUUGGGUGUCGGCAUGGGAAAGGAAGCUUCUGGAAGCUCCGAUAGGGGAGAUAGAAGCACAUGCAGUGGUGGCAAAGGAUGGGAGUGGAACGCAUAAGACAAUAGCAGAAGCAAUUGAGCUGUUGGGCUCUUUGGCUGUUGGGGGUAGAAAUGUAAUUUACGUGAAAGCUGGGACUUACAAGGAAAACCUGAACUUUCCCAGAAAGGGGAAGAACGUUAUGUUAGUGGGUGACGGGAAGGGCAAAACGGUCAUUGUAGGUAGUAGAAACGCUGACGGUGGAUGGUCAACUUUCCAGUCUGCUACGGUUGCGGCCAUGGGAGAUGGAUUCAUAGCUCGAGGCAUAACAUUUGUAAACAGUGCGGGUCCACAGAAGCACCAAGCAGUUGCCCUUCGAGUUGGAUCAGAUAAAUCAGUGAUCUUUCAGUGCUCAAUUGAGGGCUAUCAAGACAGUCUCUACACCCACUCCAAGCGCCAAUUCUACAGGGAAACUGACAUUUAUGGCACAAUAGAUUUCAUAUUUGGAAAUUCUGCUGUCGUUUUUCAGAACUGCAGCAUUUUUGCCAGGAAACCUUCUUCAGGCUCCAAGAACUUUGUCACAGCUCAAGGUCGAACUGACCCUAAUCAGAACACAGGCAUUUCUAUACACAAUUGCAAGAUAGGAUCAGCUUCAGACCUCGCAGGUUCCAAGAUCACGUAUCUUGGAAGACCUUGGCAGAAAUAUUCCAGGACAGUUAUAAUGCAGUCCUUUAUUGACGGCUCUAUUAAUCCUGCUGGUUGGCAUCCUUGGUCUGGCAAUUUUGCCCUUAGCACGCUCUUUUAUGGAGAAUAUAUGAACUCAGGCCCUGGAGGUUCAACUUCCGGUAGGGUCCAGUGGUCUGGAUAUCGAGGCACACUCACAGUAGCCGUGGCUCAAACGUUCACUGUCGGCAGUUUCAUUGAUGGCAAUAUGUGGUUGCCUUCGACUGGGGUGUCUUUUGAUUCUGGACUUAUUGGUUAAUUUCCAUGCUAUUGGAGGGCAAUCAUUGCAGUGUACUAAAUUUGUGUGUUUUUUUUUUUGGGGGGUAAAAGAGCAGUGGAAGUCUCCAAAUUGAGUCUUUUUCUUUCCAAGUUGAAAAGUGCUCUAUGAAUAGGCUAAGUCUGCUGAUGCAUUUAUGUUUUUACAGGCUUUAGAAGUUUCUUUCUGCUAUAUGUUGUAGCUAUAGAAGUUUCUGCUAAAUAUAUUUCCAUGUGUCAACUCAAGUCUUUGUAUAUAAGGUUUUAAUAUCAAACCAUCAAGCAGAAGCUUCAAUUCGUCAUGUAAUUUCUUUGUAUUUCAUUUUCUUUUCUUAAUGAAAAUAUAUUAACAAAACGGAAAUCAAGAAGCA